GUAUGGCUAACCGGAACCAGGCCUGCUCACAGAGUGAGGGAGGGGCCUGCAGGGAGUGGGGAGAUGUUGAGGGAGUACACAGCUAUAAAAGCCUGGGCUGGAUUUGUCUCUGUCAGUAGCUCACACGGAAACGACCCAGAUACAGAGCCACUGGUAGGAGGAAGCAGGCGACUGCCUCUGAAAAACGCAUUGCGUUGCUGAGCAAGACACAGAGACUGAGGACUUCUAUAGCACAAGCUUUUACAGUGCCAGAGGAAAAACCAGGUGGACCGAAAAUCCUCAAAGCAUCAGGACCAUAAGGCAUUUUGGAAGCGUGCUGUGAACUGUGAGUACACUUUUGGACGAGGAGGAGAAAUAGACCAAAAGUCAGCACUGGAACCUUCUUUAAAAAGAGAUAAGGAGAGUGAAGGAGCAGAGACAUCUGCCACACCUCAAAAGACGAACGCUCAGCGUUUCGCAUCUCCACCCAUGGCUGCACGUCCGAUGGAAACGGUGGGUUUCUCCAUGCUCCCAGCCCACAUACUGGCUUCUGCCAUGGAGGAGUUCCCUCAGCAGCUUCCUGUGCCCAAGGGCCCGGCCAGGGGCCGCAGUCGCCCCCGGCGACCAAGGGAGGCCCGCUUCAAGACUCAGCCCGUAACCUUUGCAGAGAUCGCAGAGGUGGAGGAGGAAGGGACUUCGCCGCUGGAGGAGGAGAGAGCCAGACGCUCCUUCCUGCAGUCGCUGGAGAGCCUAAGGAGGAGCACACAGACGCUGCACCACACAGGCUCGACGCACUCCGGCAGGACCAGCACACCCACACAGGCCAGCCUGGACUCAAGUGACUCAGACUCAGCCCCAUGAACGAGAGACAGAGAGAGAGAGAGAGAGAGAGAGAGAGAGAGAGAGAGAGAGAGAGAGAGAGAGAAAGAGAUUUUGUAUGUAUCCUCUCCUCUGCUGUAAUGCUGACUUUACUGGACUGGACUCCAGAGCACAUUGCACAUAUCCUUCUCUUGAAGCAUACUUUGUAGCUAUAAUUUAGUUACAGUAUCUUAUGCACAUACUUGUGCCAAACUCCAGUCAAGCCAAGCAACAGCAGGCUGGAUUGCUUAUGCUCCUUAGCUGUAGCAUUUGAAAACCUCUAACAACUUAAAUAUUCCAAAAAUGAUCUUUCUUUAUUUGUUGUGUAAGACUUAAGGCCAUUCAUCAUGAGCUUUAAAGUGUAGGUCUGUUCUAUUUGCUAUUCCAUUCAGAAGGACAGACAUGCAACGGUCAAUCAUUUCAUAUGUGCCUGGUUAGAGAUUACAGAAUGGCUUUCCCACUGUUCAGCUUGGAUUUCCGCUGUUCAUCUUUAACACUUAAACAUGAUUAUGCAGUCAAAUCAUUGACAGAAGAACUGAAAUCGGUCUGUAGAUGCCAGACACCGCACAGGAGGCACUGUUUCAAAAUGACAACAUUACUUGAGUCUGCCAAAAUAGUAUAUUUACUAAUGAACUCAGAGAGGAACAAAUUAUUUUCUUGCUAAAUGUUACAGAUAUUUAUUCACAGAAUAUCUUGUUAAUAAUAUCAUAAUGAGUUUCGCAAUAUGUUUUGUUGACACUGUGGAGCUUGCAAGGUCACUAUCGCAGUUUCAAAUGGAAAAAAGAAAAAAGAAUAAGAUGAAAAAAUGAUGCCUUUGUACUUUUGUUUUAUUUUUAUUACCUUUGUAAAGUUAUUUCUUACUUACUUUAAUAAAUCUAUAUAAAUAUAGUGCACAUGUA